GGGUGGGCCUGGCCCCGCAAGACAGCCGCGGGGCAAAUGCGCCGCGUAGCUAGAAAGUGCUACUAACCUCGCAUUGCUGCAGCCUAGUCGACAAACUCACAAACACCAAAGUUCCUUUGACGGCAGCCUUGGACGAUAGAAUAUCGCGGAUUUUGUUAACCAACGCUAGCAUCACCCUGAGACACAACAUGGCUCCUGGAGCAACGCUCUUGACCAAGCUAAAGGUCCAGCUUAAGCUGACCAUAGCAAGACUCAGAAUGGUCCAGCAACGUGAUGAGCAAUUAGGAAAGACACAGCGCCGGGCUAUGGCCCAGCUCCUGGAAGCUGGAAAGGUCGACUCCGCCACCAUCCGAGUCGAGAACAUCAUUCGAUCCGAUAUAACGAGCGAGCUCCAUGAGAUCCUGGAGCUAUACUGUGAAUUAUUACUAGCAAGAGCCGGGCUUAUGGAGGGCAGUGUGUGUGAUCCGGGCUUGGAGGAAGCUAUUCACAGUCUGAUAUACGCCGCACCCAAGACCGAGAUUAAAGAGUUAAGCACUGUGCGCUCAUUACUAGCGGAAAAGUACGGCAAGGAGUUUGUGUUGGGAGCCAUGGAGAAUUCUGAAGGCAAGGUAAAUGAGAAGGUUGUUAAGAAGCUCAGUGUAGAGCCGCCUCGCAAAGAAUUGGUCCAGGGAUAUUUGGAAGAGAUUGCGCGAGCCUAUGGUGUUGACUGGCCAAAACGCGACGGACCGUCACCACCUCCUGAGUUUACUGAUGAUGACGAAGAUGAUGACGAGCCAUCCGACGGGCAAAAGGUGCUCGCGGAUCCAUUAGCUGCGGAACAGAAGUCGCUAUCUAACGUGGACACUCCCAACAAGCCCAAGCCAGCCAGGAGUGUUAACUUGGCUAGUCCUGUGACAGUGACACCGCCGCGCAUGACUACUGAUAAUAUUCAUCCCAAAGUCACACUGGACUCGGUAGAACUGAAACCAAAGGCUGGUGCCAGACGGGGUUCGGCCGGCCAGAAGAAGAAUGAACCAGAAGGGUCGGUGCCUGACAUUAGUGAUCUGGAGGCGAGAUUUGCAGCUCUUAAGAAGCGAUAAACAUUUAACAUCAUAUUAUUAUAAAAGAAUACAAUUACAUAAUGUCG